AUGUUUCCCCAUCCAUGCAUCGGUAUAGUGAGGUAUUCUACCAUCAAGAAAAGUUCUCUUGACUUUCAGUCCAACUGCGAGAAAGUCGAACUCGAUGAGGAGAAAAUCUCAAAUCAGAGCACAUUACUGGCGACCGAUGGUAAGCAAGAUGUAAAUAGUGGCCUUUCAGGUAUGCUUAUCCGGUUCAUCCAGAAGGAAUCCAAAAUCCUACGAGAGUCUAUGAACAUAGACGAGUCUCUCGAUUCAGGUCCUGAUAUUGACAGAUCUACGUUGUCUCCAUCCAUUCGAGCACAGUUAGAUGCUCAGGUGGAUGACUACCAGCGGUUUCUUCUACUUUUGACCCAUCAUCCCAUCAAUGUUCCUCCACAUUUGAUGUUGCAUUAUUUUCUGGCUAUUCCGGCCAUCUUGCCCCAGGAGCGGACAGAACUACUAAAGUACUUGGUAUUCCAUAAUCUCUGGUACGAUUUUUGGCUGGUUGCAGUCUCUGAUGGUACCACCAUGUCUGAUUUGGAGGAGUUGCUUGACUUGGUGCAUGAAAGUUUGAUUUCCAAUAAUAAUUUGAAACUUGGAAUCUGGCAGGCGUUGGCUGCUGCUCAUCUGGUAACCUCCAGCUUGGGUCUUCUCAAUGCUAUUAGUGAGAACGCCGAGUAUCGGCUUGAACUUCCCAAAGGUUCAGUUGAAAACUUUUACAACUAUUUAUUUUCCAUCCAGACUGCUCCCAACAUUGAUGCAUUGAGACAGGUUUCGCCUGAAGAAACUCUAAGAACAAAUCUUGUACAUCGAGCUUUCUAUGUUAGAAGACAGGCUGGCUUGAUAUCCUCCGACGACAUUCCAUCAUUUUUGCAUACUAUAGACAAAGAACUCACCAAAAUUCCUGGGUUUGCGUCUCUCAUACUUUCCAGUGAUGCGCUGCUCCGAGUUCUACUGGAAACCGUCACUUUGCUAGUAGCGGACCGCAAGUCACAUCUCAAUGAUUUUGACUACUUUUGCAUACUCAAAACAUCUCCACCGUUGUUGUAUCCAGUUUAUCUUUCAAUGUGCAAGAAUAUCAAGAGAAGGCUUGUCAAGAGUGAUCAGAUCAUGUCGCUUUUGGUCGAUAUGGCAAUCCCUGACGUAUCACUCGUUGAGACAUUGGUUAUGAAGUUUCAUCUGGCAAUUAGUGUGGAGACAUGGAUACAGUUGAUUCCUAUCUUUAUUUCCAAUAACCAAGUAUUGAGAAAGUUGAGAAAGACACAACCAUCAAAAUUUAAUAAGGCUAUAGAUGGCCUUCUAGCGGACAAUCCCGACUUGCCAGACCUGACGCUUCUCACUUUGAUAGACAUUUGCAAUGGCCAUCCCCAGAUUAUUCGAAAACUUCUUCAGCGAUUGAGUCCUGAUACUAAUAACCUCGAAUUUCUUCUCAGGAUUGACUUUUCAGCGUACAAUCUACUAGAAGUGAUGAGAUUCGCCUUCCGUCACCGAAUUGUCAAUGUCAACACAUUCAGACUUGUGGAUCGAAUGCUCCAUCAGACAUGGGAUGUGGAUGCCUUAAAUAGACAGGCAUCUGUGGCACACUCAGAGCAGAAGCACACUAGCACUUUACGCAAUGACGAUUUCCGCAUGUAUUAUCGGGCAUCAAGCGAGAAGGACAAGCAGGCGCUUCUCUUCAAUGUCCAAGCUCUUGCACAGACGAUUUCACUUGGAAGUCCUGAAGACACUGCGUCUAUUCUCAACGGUCUCAGAAAGUUUAUGGAUCUGGAGUCUUUCACGUUUGUCAAAUCUGCCACAGGAAAGAACUACAUUUUUGACCGAUUGGUCGCUCGAACCAUGCAUUUUAUCUACAAGAAUCACAGUCACAUGGCAAAACAAGGCGUAAUGGCCAUCCGAGAGGUACUUUCAAAACUUAAUUUUGACUCCACCAUCACCCAGGCAUCCCUUUUCGAGCACAUUGUUUACGACGAUCCAGAAAUCUGCAUAGAUAUUUUGAAAAACUAUAGGAAGAACAAGGCAUUUUUGACUACGCCACUCAUGGAAGCACUCCAGAUUGGAAUCUUACGCAGUUCCAAGCUUUCACCAGCUGGCAGACUCGAUCUCUUUGAGAAGUUUCGCACCAAGAUGCUGGAGUUAGGCUACAAGAGCAAGAUGAGUGCACGGACAAUGGCCAAGUUUGGAGACUUAAUUUUCAAGGUGGGACAAGAUCGGGGAGAUACAGAGGGGCUAGCAUGGGUGGUGACUAUGGGUUAUGACCGGGGAGUACCCGUCAAGGUGAUUAAGAACUGGUCAAGAAAGUUGAAUGGGUAG